AACAAAUGCAGAAAAUACAAUUAUACAAUCCGAGUUCUGUUGUGAGUGGCUGGUCUCCCAUUGCAAGGCCAGUGGCGUCUAUUGCGAGAUGGCCAUGCUAACGCGCCUGACCAGCAGCGGCACAACAACAGUAGCACCCGGUUCACCAAAAGGGCUGCAACGCUUUCAGAACUACCUCAGCGCUUUUCUCUGGCCGGGAGCAUCACAACGACAGCAGCGCAAGUCGUCCACGCAACUGGAUGCCAUCGAUUGCUUCACCAAUGAGCUGGUCAACCGAAAGACACAAAAAUGGGGUGAACUGCGCGAGAGUCUGAUGAAACCUGCUGUCGAGGAAGCCAAUUAUGGAGGAAGCACCUUUGGCCAGAACGUGGGUCUCAUGUCAAAGGGCAUGAUGAGCGACCUGAAAGCCCUGCGCUCCCCACAGCUAGGCCUCGAUAUACGAUCUCUUUCACAACCACAGCUGGACAACUUGUUGUUGGCCACCCUGGAGAUUAAGAACAAACUGGACUUCCUCUAUCUAAUUCGGCAAUGCGUGCGCUGGCAACAGUUGCCCUGCAACGAGGUUUUCAUCUCCUGUCUAAAGUACUUGAGCUCCUUGGGCCGUAUGCAGCAGCUGGAAUCGCUGGCGGAGACCUGUCGGCAGUUAAAUCAUCCCUUUGCAAACAUAUACUCAGACCUGGCACCGUUCAAAGCGAUUGCCCUGUGGCACAAUGGUAACUCGGAUGUGGCAUUGAUGACCUUGCAUCGUGGCUAUGGCGGAAGCCUCAAUACAGAAGAAGGCAGGCGCAUGAUUCGUGUCGCCUUUCGCACCAUAGUGGAGGAGACGCUGGCACAAAAGAGCGAAGCCGUUCUCGUCUCCCUAAUGGAGGUCGCUCGGGCCAUACACCGCGAGCACAAGGACAUCUUCGUUGUGGCCUGUGUGUGGAAACAGUGUUUCGCCAGUGAUUGGUUUAGCAAUCAGAAAUCAGCGGGCGAGUUGUUCGAACACUACAAGGAGCUGCAGCAACUGGUGGAUCGCAGAGCCAGUCCGCUAUGCUCCUCAUUCCUUAGCCGACACAACGUGGACGCCGUGCACCGUCUAAUUGAGGUAUUCUUGCAACACAAUCAGCGUAGUGCGUGCGCCAAUUGCCUCAGCCUGCUCUUCAACUACCAAUACUUGCGCAAGGAUCUGCGUGCCUGCGCCGAAAUCGUGAAAUCCUGUAGCGAACUCGAGAUGCCAUUGAACGAGCUACAAAACGAGCAGUUCCUCAGUCUGUUCCUUGAUCAGAGCGAACCGUUUGACACAGCCGCAGGCAGUCGUACGACGGGCAACAAGUACAAGACGAAAUCGUUCCAGUACAAAUUUUAGAGGCAAUCGUAUUUCCCACUUUGUUGCAUCCGUGGUUUGUAAUUAUAGAGCACAAAAUGAAGCAACAGCAGAGGUCAGGCUGUUGCACACAUUAUAUAGCAAUAUGCACUUGAAUAAAUGUUAUUUAUCUCGUCAAUCA